GUCCACAAAGGAAGCCAUGUCCGAUCCAUCCAAGAAUCAUAUUCUUCUCCUCUUGAGCCUGCCUAUCACUGAUGACUAUAUAUGCAUCGGCCACAAGAGGUCAUCGUCAUCAAGCAUUCCCACAUCGAUCAGCAGCAGCAGCAGAGUAGAGGCAUAUUUGCAACGAAGCGAUCGUUCUGCAGCAGCCCGAGGUAGGUAGCGAUCUAGCGAGGGCCAUGGACACGAGGGGCGUCAUCCGCACCUUCGAGGAGUACGACGCCGCCGUCGAGUGGAGCCGCAGCGCCGAGGCCGACGCCGUCAAGAUCUCCCUCCCAGGGUUCAAGAGGGAGGAGAUACGGGUGCUGGUGGACAACCACGGCCACCUCCGGACGCGCGGCGAGCGGCCCGUCGCCGGCAACAGGUGGAGCCGCUUCCAGAAGGACUUCCAGCUCCCCGCCGACUGCAACGUCGACGGCAUCCGCGCCAAGUUCGAGAACGAGGCGCUCACCAUCACGCUCCCCAAGAAGACCCCCUCGCCGCUGACGCCGUCGCCCACGCCGUCGCCGGUGACGCCGCCGCCGCAGCAGCCGCCCCAGCCCGAGCCCAGGAGGCCGCCCGCCGCGCCGCUUCCCGGGGUGCGGACGCCGCCGUCGCCGCCUCGCAGAGCGCCAGCACCGGCGCCGGCGCCGCUGACGCCUGCUCUUUCCCAGAGGUUCCUGGCGGAGCGCAGACCAGCGCCGGUGCCGGAGCCGGUGACCCGGAAGAGGUCCGACCUGGGCACCCUCAUGAAACCCAAGGAGGACAAGGUGGAAGAGACCACGAAGCCUCUGCCGCCGCCGGCUGCAGCGGCGGCGGCGGCGGAGGAGGAGGAGGAGAGGAUGGCAAGGGAGGCAAGAGGGAAGAUGGAAGAAGACAAGAAGAAGGCCAACGAGGAGGUGACGGACAUGGCGCAGCUGAGGAGGCCGGCCUCGGCGAGCCGCCGGCAGCUGGUGAACGUGGCGGUGGCGGCCGUGGUCCUCCUCGGCAUCACCCUCUACGUGUGGAACACCCUGAGGAACGCCGCAACCGGCGGCGGCGGCAACGGCCAUGGCGCGAGCUACAGCGACGAGAUGUGAAAAGAAAAGAAAAAAAAAAGGGCGCGAAAGUGUUGGAGGUGUCGCCGAUCGAGUUUAAAUGUUUAAUGCGUGCUUCGUCUGGGAAGGGACAAAGCUAAAGUAUAUAUGUGUGUGGAUUGUUAAUUUAAUCACGCGGUGGUGUUACGACUUGCAAAAGACAUGUUCUUUUGCUUUGGUGGAUCAAUUUGAUGAAAUAAGAUGGUGAAAGAAUGAGCACUUAAAUCUUCUA